AUGAGCGCUCUUCAUGGCCUCGUCGACGAUGAGGGUUACUACAUCAAGUUUCAUACAGUCCUUGAGACUGGCGAUGCAGCAGUCGUUGUUCAACGGGAGGACUUGGCAAUAAAAAUGGCAAUUGUGUACAAAAAUAAUACGCUGGAGGAAGUGGAAGAAAACCGCAGCAAGAUCCGACGAGAGCAAGAAGUCUGGCGGCGCAUUCAGCCUAACUUCAAUACCCCAGUGGAAGGCAUCGUUCAUUGUCUCGAUCUUCCAGGAGAUACCAUCGAGAUGAGAUACAUGUCCGGAGGUACACUUUCAAAGUGGCUGCAACACAGGGCACGUCCCAGCAUUGAGCUUCAGAAGCGGUGGUUCCGCCAGCUCGCCAACGGUCUCCACAAUCUUCAUCAACGUCGCGUCAUCCACAGUGAUAUUCUCAGUCGCAACAUUCUGCUUGAUGGUUCGUUGAACGUCGCAAUUUGUGACCUCGGUGCGUCGAGUGUCAUGCCUAUCGACACUGUCAUGGCGAACGCCGUGGAUGAUUAUAAUUGCUCCAUCUGGACGGAUCUUUGCCAGCUGGGCAUCGUGUUCUAUGAGAUAGUCACUGGGAGACGGGCCAGUGUCAGUCUCUAUUACAACAGUGGCAUUGAUGACUCUGUCGCUAGGUUUCCAUCCCGGGAUAUGCUCCCUGCUCUGGCCAAGCAUAUCUGGGCCCGGGAUAUUAUCGAGACCUGCUGGAGAGAGGGAGGAUAUGGGGCGGCAGGUGCGGCGGGGAUUUUGGCCAAGCUGGAUAAAAUGCAACGCCCGCGCCGCCGCCGUUGA